GACUAUAAACUACUACUAUCACUACCACAUAACACAACACAUCCUCCCUCUUUCCCGAAACUGGAAAAACUUAAACAAAUCCAUAAAACAAUAAUCAUGGGUUGGAAUUGGAUGAGGAUCACCUUCAACCUUGUCUCGGUAUCACUCUCCCUGCUGCUGCUCCUCAAUUUUGCAACUACCGCUAAAGCACAAGGUCCCACAUAUAUUUACAAUAUUUGUUCAGACAACAAGACCACUCCCAACAGCCUCUUCAAAAAGGAUAUUAACACCCUCUUCUCAUCUCUCUCUUCCAACGCCACCGCCAACGCUGAAUUCUUCAACACCACCGUCCCUGGCACAAACUCCAACGACACGGCCUACGGUCUCUUCAUGUGCAGGGGCGACUUCUCCUCUUGCGGGCAGUGCGUGGUCAACGCCACACAGAAGCUUUCAUCCGAUGCAGAUUGUUCCUUAUCAAAACGAGCCAUCAUUUGGUACGACGAGUGCAUGGUUUGGUAUUCCAAUAACCGCUCUAUCUUGUCCACAAUGUUCACGAGGCCCGGCGUUUACCUCUCCAACACGGGGAAUGUCUCCAACCAGGAAAGCUUUAUGAAGUUGUUGUUCAGAACCAUGAACGAAACGGCGGAAGAAGCAGCCAAGUCCCCUGUUCUUGAAAAGAAAUACGCUACAAAGCAAGCCAACAUAUCUGGUUUUCAGAACCUUUAUUGUAUGGCUCAGUGUACCGAUAACCUCACACCACGAGACUGUGCCAGCUGUCUAACUGAAGCCAUAACCGAAUUAACGCCUUGCUGUGGAGGAAAGCAGGGAGGGAGGGUUCUAUUCCCCAGCUGUUUCGUUCGGUAUGAGUUGUACCCUUUCUAUCGCUCUAAUGCUUUGGCUCCUUCGCCUUCACCAGCUGGACCAGGAGGAUUUGUUCCAGCCACACGAUAUUUGUAUAAUGAUUCAAAAGAUACGGAGGAUCCUGUUUAUCUUAAUUGCACUUGCUCGAGUAACAAUAAAGCCUCAGACUCCGAUAAGGACUUCCAGUUACAUCUCCGCACCCUCCUCUAUUCCUUGUAUUCCAACGCCACCAGCGGUAACUUGUUUAAGAAGGUGGAAGCAGGUAUAGUGUCUGGGCUCUUCAUGUGCCGUGGUGACCUUCCGUCCCGCCUCUGCUCACAGUGCGUGGUCCUUGCAAAAGAUCGAAUUUGGUCCAAGUGCCGCUUCUCCAAAGAGGCUGUUAUUUGGUAUAGUCACUGCUUGCUUCGCUAUUCCGAAGCAGAUAUCCGCUCGACGUAUAUAGCAAGUCCUUUGUUUAACGAGUUCAACAUGACCAGCAGCUUCAUUUCUACCCAGCAGCAAAACUUCUUCAAUACUCUAUCUGGUAUUUUACUUAGAUUGACCAACCUGACAGGUGACAAUGGUAACCGAUAUUUGACAGAUAAAUCAAAAUUGAAUCCCUUUCAAACUCUUUACACUCUGGCUCAGUGUACGCCAGAUCUCUCCAGCGAUGACUGCACAAACUGUCUCCGUGAUGUGAUUGGAUCAGCAAUACCAUGGGCUCGUUUGGGAAGUGUCGGUGGAAGAGUUCUAUCUCCUAGCUGCACUCUUAGGUUUCAAUUAUUCCAAUUUUACAGAGGUGAUGAUGAUGCUCCACCUCCUGAGCUACGUGGUGGUCCUUCUACAACAGAAAAUGGAAAAGGCCACUCCCGGCGAACAAUAAUCUCAAUUGUUGUGCCCUCAUUUGUUUCGGUGAUACUCCUCUGUUUCGGUUGCUAUUUGCUUCGGAGAAAAACAAGAAAGAGCGACAAGAAUAUUCUUAGAGAAAACUUUGGUGACGAAAGUGCCUCUAUAGAGCCAUUGCAAUUCGAGUUGGCUAUAAUUGAAGCAGCCACGAACAACUUUUCACAUGAGAAUAUGAUUGGAAAAGGUGGAUUUGGAGAAGUUUAUAAGGGCAUUCUUUUUGAUGGACGACAAAUAGCAGUGAAAAGACUCUCAAAAAGUUCCAAACAAGGUGAACAUGAAUUCAAAAAUGAAGUGUUAUUGAUAGCCAAACUCCAACACAGAAAUUUGGUCACAUUCAUUGGUUUUUGCCUUGAAGAACAAGAACGAAUACUUAUAUACGAAUACGUGCCGAAUAAGAGCCUUGAUUACUUUUUAUUUGAUGGUAAACGGCUGUUGAGUUGGUUUGAUCGAUACAAUAUUAUCAGAGAAACAGCUCGAGGAAUUCUUUACUUACAUGAACAUUCUCGACUUAAAGUUAUACAUCGUGAUCUUAAACCCAGCAACAUUCUAUUAGAUGAAAAUAUGAAUCCAAAAAUAUCAGAUUUUGGUAUGGCUAGAAUUGUUGAAAUAAACCAAGAUCAAGGAAGUACAAAUAGAAUUGUUGGAACACACGGUUAUAUGUCUCCUGAGUAUGCAAUGCUUGGACAAUUUUCUGAUAAAUCCGACGUUUUUAGCUUUGGAGUCAUGCUUUUGGAGAUUAUUACUGGAAAGAAGAACACAAACUCUUAUAAAUCACACUAUGUUUAUGAUGGUCUCCUGAGUUACGUUUGGAGACAAUGGAGGGAUAACAUGUCAUUGAGUAUAUUAGACCCAAAUAUUAAAAAUAACUAUUCAGAAAUUGAAGUCCUUAAGUGCAUUCAAAUUGGUUUAUUAUGUGUUCAACAAGAUCCUGAUGCAAGACCAACAAUGGCAUCCGUUGUUACAUAUCUUAGCAGCCAUUCAAUUGAAUUGCCACUUCCACAAGAACCUGCAUUUUUCAUGGACAAAAAGAUGGACCAAAGAGCAGCUGCACAAGAAUCAAGUUCUGGUUCACAUCCACUUUCACAAAAUGAAAUGUCUAUAAGUAACUUUCUUCCUAGAUAAUAGUAUUUAACUUUUGACUAACGUUCUGUGCAAACAAUUGCCAUUGCUGUUAGUAUAAAAUUAAGAUAAGAUUUCAAUUCUACUUUGGAGCUUGUAUGGACUGGGGAUCGAAUUAUGAUAUCUUUUGUUA